GUGCGUUAUCAUGGACAAAAUACGGCAUUAUGGAAAAUUGGUGAAACAGUUACGUUUCGUUUAUGAAUUCCGGACGAGUUCGAUACUUACACGAAAUUACACCACCGAGAAUAGUUCAAAUGAAAAUGUAACAAACACAAAGGAACAGAUUGAGGAUACAAAACAAGACAGAUUAGGUGGUUUCGCGAAAGCUUUCAUAAAAUUUUCAGCUCUUAGCGAAAAAAAUGAUAUUUUACCACAGCCACCCCGUUCAUUUGUUUCUAUGCUCCGACAUUCAAAGUUUAUGAAUUUAGGGGAUCCUGAAGGACAAAUUGUAAAAGGAGAAAUAUUUAAUGUUAUCGGUAACGAUUUAUACAUAGACUUUGGAUGGAAAUUUCAUUGCGUAUGUCCAAAACCCAAAAGGAAUUCUGAUAAAUUCAUCAGAGGUGUUGAAGUUAUUUUAAAGAUAAAAGAAUUGGAAUUGUCUACCAGGUUCUUAGGGGCAACUAAAGAUUUAACCAUUCUAGAAGCUGACUGUGUUCUAUUAAAUUAUUUAGCACCUCCACGGCAAAAGGCAUGAAUGUAAGAUAAAGAUUGUAUUGUACUAUG